CGUGGAAGAGUGGGGAACAUGUUCACAAAUGACAAAAACGCUGCGUUCCUCCUCUUCGUCACUUUGUCUCUUUGACAGACCGAGAUAACAUGUACGAUAACGAUGGUUAGUGCAGAUACACCAACGCCAAGUCGUAACAUCUCCGAUAAUGUACGGAAAACCCACGCUUUCUCUCGUUUUCGUUCUCCUCAUCGUCCUCCUCCUGAUCUCGUACUCUAUCUUAAUGGGGACCGUCGAUUUCAGAUCCUACUUCUUUCCUAUGCUGCAGCCACCCGCGACUGCGCACCCCCUAUGUGCAACCAACCCGCCUCUCGGGGUCUACAUGUACGAUCUCCCGCGCCGGUUCAACGUGGGCAUGCUAAACCUCCGGAACCUGGAACAGACCCCAGUGACGGACCGAAACUGGCCGCCGUGGCCCAAGAACUCGGGCCUGAAGAGGCAGCACAGCGUGGAGUACUGGAUGAUGGGCUCGCUUUUGUAUGAAGGAGACGGUGCGGAGGAGAGAGACGCGGUUAGGGUUUCGGAUCCAGAAAUGGCUGACAUAUUCUUCGUGCCGUUUUUCUCUUCGUUGAGCUUCAAUACCCACGGGCAUGUAAUGACGGAUCCUGAGACCGAGAUUGAUCACCAGUUGCAGAUUGAUUUACUGAAAUUCUUGCGGCAAUCCAAGUACUGGCAGCAAUCUGGAGGCGGAGACCAUGUAAUUCCUAUGACACAUCCCAAUGCAUUCAGAUUUCUACGAGAACAGGUAAAUGCAUCUAUUCAGAUUGUUGUAGAUUUUGGACGCCACCCUAGAACCAUGUCAAACAUAAGCAAAGAUGUGGUGGCCCCGUACGUGCACAUUGUGGAUUCGUUUACCGAUGAUGACUCUACAGAUCCAUUUGAAUCCCGUACCACACUUCUUUUCUUCCAUGGGAGGACAUUCCGGAAAGAUGAAGGCAUUGUUCGUGUUAAAUUGGUAAAGAUAUUAGCUGCUUAUGAUGAUGUUCACUACGAGCGGAGUGUUGCCACAGAUGAAAAUAUAAAAGUGUCUUCGCAAGGAAUGCGUUUGUCAAAGUUCUGUCUGCAUCCUGCAGGAGAUACGCCUUCUUCCUGUCGCCUGUUUGAUGCCAUUGUGAGCCACUGUGUUCCUGUCAUAGUGAGUGAUCAGAUUGAGCUCCCAUUUGAGGAUGAAAUUGACUAUGCCCAAUUCUCAAUAUUCUUCUCUUUCGAGGAGGCAUUAAAACCUGGUUACAUGGUUAAUGAGCUACGGAAUUUUCCAAAAGAGAAAUGGAUUGAAAUGUGGAAGCAGCUUAAGAAAAUCUCUCAUCAUUAUGAAUUCCAGUAUCCCCCAAGAAAAGAAGAUGCUGUCAAUAUGCUAUGGAGGCAGGUUAAACACAAGCUUCCUGGGGUCAAACUUGCUGUACAUAGAAGCCGGAGGUUGAAAGUUCCGGACUGGUGGCGGAGGAGAAGAUGAUUUUUCAAGUUUUGUGAUUUUGUAUAUUUAUACUCACUUCAUCAUUCAUAGGGACAACCCUUCAUUAAAGGGAAAUAAUCAAAGCUAGUUACAAGCCACAAUUGUCAGUUAAAUCCAAAGGUUGCUGAUAUUGUUUUUU